GAAUAACAGUGAAGUGAACUGAUCUGGAGUCUGUAUGCGCUGCUUUUCAUGAUGGUGCCGCUGGGGAGGAACGAAGACAGGACCCGAUACACAACAUUACAGAGGCUUCUAGCGUCUUUAUAACACCGUCCUUUUGUCUUCGGGAUAUUAUUAAUGUUGACCGGACAGAAGCAGAUGAACUAAUGACUGGAGCUUCAAUACACAGCCGCAACAAAAGCAAGCACGUGGACACGAACCCAGGACUGAGCUCCUCCAUCAGGAUCAUGGGAGAGAAUGGUCCUCUCACAGAGACAGCCAUGCUCUUUGAGGACGAGGAAGAGGAUGUGGACAAACUGGGCCGAGAGGAGGAAGAUGAGGACAAGAUGGCCGACUUUGACAAAGACGACCGCAUAAUCUCGGGACCCUCGUCCUCCUCGGGAAGGGUCUACGAUCGCACCACCGUGCUCAUCGAGCAAGAUCCCAUCCGCCUGGACGAGGAGGGCGAGGAGGACGGCAUGGCCUUCCUGCCGGAGGGAGAGGGCGAGGGAGACGAGGGCUCUCUGGCCUUCAUGGGUGACCCGGAUGGCAUGUCGCAGGGAUACAUACACCACACCAUCUCUCCGGACCAGAUACAGUUCAUCAUUAACCCGGGGUCCACCCCUAUGCCGAGAAACAUCGAGGGCGCAACGCUGACGCUACACUCCGAGUGCCCUGAGACCAAGCAGAGAGAGGUGAAGCGAUACCAAUGCAUGUUCGAGGGCUGUACGCGCACCUACAGCACGGCGGGAAACCUGCGCACGCAUCAGAAGACGCACCGCGGUGAAUAUACGUUUGUGUGCAAUCAGCAGGGCUGCGGCAAGGCCUUCCUCACAUCCUACAGCCUGAAGAUCCACGUCCGCGUCCACACAAAAGAGAAGCCCUUUGAGUGUGACGUGCAGGGCUGUGAGAAAGCCUUCAACACGCUCUACAGACUGAAAGCACACCAGAGGCUGCACACUGGCAAGACGUUUAACUGUGAAUCAGAGGGAUGCACUAAGUACUUCACCACACUCAGUGACCUGAGGAAGCACAUCCGCACACACACGGGGGAAAAACCAUUCCGGUGUGAUCAUGAUGGCUGUGGUAAGGCUUUCGCUGCUAGUCAUCACCUGAAAACACAUGUACGGACACACACUGGAGAGAAGCCGUUUUUCUGUCCGAGCGAUGGUUGUGAGAAGACCUUCAGCUCUCAGUACAGCCUGAAGAGUCACAUUCGGGGUCAUGAUAAAGGUCCAGCGUUCACCAUGAGCAGUCAUCCGCUGUCAGAGGAUGCGAAUCACUCGCUGUGCCUCAGUGAUUUGAGCCUCAUUUCCACAGACUCUGAGCUCCAGGAGAACCACAAUUCUCAGGGUUUGGAUCUGAACAGCGUCACCCCCAUACGAAUCUUUGAGCUGAUGUUCCAGAGUCCUGAGAACAGUGUCAGCCCAGACGACCCUAAACCCACAGAUAACCUAGCGGAGUCUUUUGGCCUUGAGCCGUCACCUCAGACAGCUGCUGCAGACGUGUCCACUCAGCCCCCUUCAUCCACCUCUUCCCCAUCCUGCUCCAUCACGUCUCCUGAUGUGGAGGCUCAGACUCCGCCUACGACACUCCCCUCUCAGCCGGCCCCGCCCCCUCCCGCUGUCAGCAGCUCAUUACUGACCUCCACUUUCCCCUGUGCUCCGCCCACCUCAUCACACUCACCAGAAGUGCCCGCUCCAUCUGCACCCUCGGUCUCCCAGCACUAUGUGACACUGACCUCUACGGCUCAGCCGGUGCCUCCGCCAUCCGCACCCGGAGUCUCCAGCACGCCGGCCGUAACGACUGAGGUGACGGCGGCAGUAACGCACACGGUGCCUUUGGCUCCUCCUCUUCCUCCUCCUCCUCCUCCUCCUCCUCCUCCUACGAUCACUAUCGCCCCCACGCUCGGCCUGCAGCCCAGCAUCGUCAUGUCCGAUCAGAACCUGCAGUGGAUCCUCAGCAGUGCCGCCAGCGCGCAGCAAAACCCUGAACAACAGGGCCCAAAAGUAGAGAAGGUCUUUUUUACAACAGCCAUACCAGUCGGUGGACAUUCAGGGAACGCAGUGCAGCAGAUCGGUCUGAGUCUGCCGGUCAUCAUCAUAAAGCAGGAGGAGUCCUGCCAGUGUCAGUGUGCCUGCAGAGACUCGGCUAAAGAGCGACUCGACAAGAGCGCUGCCUCCUCGCUGGAGAAGUCAAAAAACACAUCGCCGCCUCCUGCUGCUGCGCCUCCUCCUGCUCCUCCUGCUCCUCCUGCCCUCCCCGAAGAGCCUCGCUCCUGCUGCCCAUCCAAACAGAACCCCGCUCAGCCCCAGCAGGACAACCUGCCCGCUCCGGUGACCCCCAACACCCCCAGCGAUGGCCUGGCCGGCAUGGAUGUCUCAGAUCUGCUCAGUCCGGACACCACGGCCAACAUAGAGGCUCUGCUGAUGGUGGCAGAUGAGUUAGGCAUGACCGAUGGAGGCAGCAGCAGCGCCCCCUAGAGGCUCAGGCCUCACUGUUCGUCUGUACUGUGUACGGAUGGGUAUCUCACAUACACCUGUACCUCUGCUAUAGGCACCUGUCUCUCCCCAGGCCUGUGUGGUGUCCUGAUCAGAGUGAGUGGUGUUUGGUGCACUUUUAAGGGAGAGUAGCAGGAGGAGCAGAUUAGGGCACCAGGAGAAGUCGUUUAGUUGCUUCUCAUAAUGAUUUGAGUCUCGGUAGUGUUUUAACCCCGUUGUUUUGGUAGAUUAUUUCAGAGAUUAUUUAAAGAACUAAAUCUGCUUAUAGAGAUUCACCGUACAAAACGAGAUGCGUUUUCACCCAGCCACAUGCUGUACUUGAGUUUAAACUUGAAACCCACUAGAUCGAUGGGAAUUUACUGCACAUUAGUUCACUGAUGUGUCUGAGGCUUCAACGGAAAGGCCUUCAUCACAGUUUGUGGGUAAUGAAGUCAUCUACGAAAAGUCCUGCACAUUGAAACGUUGAAGUAUUUUAUGUGUAAUUUAUUAGAAAGGCUGCAGUGCUCAAAAUAAUAAUAAUGUGAUUUUUGAGAUUUUAUUUUACGGUUUGUCACUCUUGAUAAACUACGAUGAACAUUUACCUGCCUUUUAAAUGUAAUUUAGGUUUAUUUGGCUGCCUAUAACUUAGUAUUUAAUUUUAUGUAUGUUAAUUUAUUAAAAUACUCAAUUGUUGGAAAAAUGUAGCGCUCGUUCCCAACUUUUCACUAUAUGUGACCCUGCCUGUGAAAACCAGGCUAAAGUCUAAAAAUCGAAUUCUGAGAUAACGAGCCUCAAAAUUUGAUUUCACCUAUUAAUUUCAUUAUCAUUUCAAUAUUUAACAUGGUCUUAUUCAGUCAGUGUUAAAGAUAUCAAGUUUGUAUUUUCACAGAAUGUUCUGUACAUUAUGUAGGAUGAUUUUAUGUAGAAAACAGUAAUUCUAACAAAAAAACAGGCAGGGUCACAUAUUUUUCUAGAUUUUCCCCAAACAAAGUCUGCCUUUAAGUGAAUCUCACGAAACCUGUCUAGAAAUUUUCUGUGUCAUAUUUCCCACAAUCAAAACAAAAAUAUAAAAUGGUAAUUUUUGCAUAAAGAAAAUUAACCCUAUUUUACUUUUUUUUUUAAUUAUUAAUUACAAUUUCAUACCUCCAAUUUUCAUUAUAGUAAUGUAAAAAUAAUAUAAACAAUAAAUAAAUAUAUUAUUUAAACUGAAUUGAAUUUAUACUGAUUUUAAUUUGUAAUUUCACAUUUUUAUUCAUGUUUUUUUAUUUAAUUUUAAAUUUUUAUAUUCUUGUUACAUGAUUCACUAAUUAGUUUUAUUUAUAUAAUGGAUAUAGUAAAUCAUGGCCACAAUUUAGGAAUUCACUCCCUCAUUGUAGUAAAUUGUGGCUACUAGUUACUAAAUCAUUCCCUUGUUUUAGUUAAGUCAGUGUGUGGCCAUGAUUUGGGAACAAAUUAGUAAAUUGUGGCAAUGAAUUAACAAGUCAUGGGAACAAGUUCUUAAUUUGUAGCCACAAUAUAUAGUCCUUUUCUUUAUGCAAAAAUGAUCACUCUUGAAUACUCUGUGAUGAAAUCAAACGCUUUUGCCUUUGUGAUAGGCAUGUGGUUGGGUUUCCUUUAUUUUCCCCAUCGGUUGUUACAGAUUUUUGUUUCCCGCCUUUUAUCAGUGUCUCCCUGCACUUUUUCUUUCGUGAACCCCGUUUCUAAACCCGCGUGAGUCUCUUGUGACCCGCUCAGGGAUGCAGAAAAACAAGCAGCGGUAUAUUCUAAGAUGAUGCGUGCGUGUGCGUGUGUGUGUGUGUGUGUGUGUGCGUGUGUGCGCGCGUGUCUGUAUUUAUGAGUUCCUGACCAGAUAAGCAGACACAACUCAUCUGACCUGUUGUUUUGAACCUGCUUGUAGUGCACUACCCAGCCACGGUUCAGCCGACCCGGCCAAUGCCGCUCGUUUGCCCCUCAUUUAUAUACCACUGCUGUAUAGAGGUUCUAAAGAGCUGACCGUAAUGUAAAUACAUAGUACAUUUGAGAUGAUAAAUGUUUAAGCCUUUAGAUUGUAUUUGUAUUUUUGUAUAGAACUAUGAGAAAUCAGACUUUGGGUGUGAGAUGAGAGACGUGACUCUGCACUGCCUUUACUGUCACCUGUGCAUCUCUUAUGCAGUAUGUAGUUCUCCGCCGAUCCUUGUGUUUCAGACUCAAGUAGGACAAGAAUUGCCUUACAACUCAUGAUAGUUAUUUCAUUUCAGCAUGGACUAGAUAUGGAGAAUUUGAAUCGGAUAGAUAUUACUGAGCGAGCCUUUUCCUAUCCUGUGCCAAAUGAAACAGUGAUGCUACAUUGCGCUGGUAGCUCAUGGUAGAAUCUGUGUACGUCGCUCCCUCGAUGUUAAUUAGUUGCUUUGCUAUUGAUCCACUACAUUUUCUUGUUAAAUAUCUAUUAAUGGGACCUGUGCAAACCUAGUACUAGAACAUUAUAAUGCGAUCUAUCUGAACAACACCGUUUUUCUCUUAUAAAUGCACUUACUUUGGGGUCCAGCCAAUAUAAUGAUCAAUCGUACCUUAAUAAUAAUAAUGCACACGCUUUCUGACCUUAUUGUUUGUUCGCAUAUUUCACAUAGGACUCUAGUUUUGACAAGUUACUUUACGUGAAAGAUUCAUUUCGAUUGAAGGCAGUUAUUAUUCAUCACCUAACAAAAAUAAGUAACUAUGCAAUGUCAUAGAGCAUAUAGAAAAGACAUAAAAUCACUCCAUCUGUACAUGCUCGUAAGAAAAAUAUCAUGUGUCAGCAUUUUAGUAUGCAAGUCAUCAUUUAGAGAAACAGCCGUGUCCUGUUGCAUUGAGUAUUUCAAGUUUAAAAGCCUUUUUUUUCCCUCAAGUCUCACCUAUCAAAAUGUUUGUGUUGUGUACAGUUAUGUUUGGUGUGACUUAAUCUGUUUUGUUUUGUAUCUGGGCAUUGCAAUGUUAUAUAUGUAUAUUUUUUUCCUGUUGAAAAUUAUUGCUGCUUCAAUGUAAUUUUUUUAUUUUAUUGACCCCCCCACAUGACAUGAAAAUCUUGCAUUUGUUUUAAUGUUGGAAAAAUACUUGUGAAAGAACUACUUGCUUGACUGUCAACUGUUCUGGUUUUGUUCUUGCUCAAGAUCGACUUUUUGUUUUUUGUUUUUUGUUUUUUUAAUCAUUCCACCUUCAUCAGGUGCCAUCAUUAUCAUUACCUUUUCAGUCACACAUGGGUCUUUUUAAGGCAUUAACUUAUGGUUUGGUCUUUCUGUGCAACAGACUAGCUUAUUAAGCUGUUGCGUUUCAUUAUUCUGGAUUUCUUCUGGUUCAGGCAGCAUCAAAGGACACUAGAGAAGAGGAAAGGUUGGUCUGUCUUGUUAGUGGAGUCUCAGAAGCUUGAGGUAAAGAGGAAACAAAUGCUUCCAUGAGGACUGCUUUUGAUACCCAAAGUGUGAAGAAACUGUAAAGAUCUGUAUUUUUAAAGAAUGUAUAAUGUGAAAAUUUUUAUCAUAUGCUUGUUUUGUAUAAAGUAUUAUGGCAAAGUAAUAACUUUUUGAAUCAAAAAGCAAUACAAUACCAGUAAAAUC